CGGUCUACCCAUCCAAAACCAGCAUUGCAAGCUUGUUGUGGAGAAAAAAAUGUGGAGAACCAGCAGCAGAGAAGUGGGAGCACUUUCAAGUUCAACCUUCUCUCGCACCUACAUUCGUCCAUUCACUUGCGCUUCUUCGAACCCAGCUCGUCUGGUGCCGCACCCACCUGACCUCCUCAAAUGGGUUCGAAAGGAAGGUGGGUUUGUCCAUGAAUCUAUCAAGAUUGCUCAAGUUCCUUCUUAUGGUCUUGCUCUUGUUGCUUCCCAUGAAAUUCCUAAAGGGUCUGAUCUUAUUGCUCUUCCUCCUCAUUUACCCUUGAAAUUUGAUGAUUCCAUUGAUGGGUCUGCUUCUUCGCCUAUUUUGACUGAGUUGGCUCGCCAAAUUCCUGAGGAGCUUUGGGCUAUGAGGUUGGGUCUGAAGCUUCUUCAAGAAAGAGCAAAAACUGGGUCUUUUUGGUGGCCAUACAUCAGCAAUCUUCCUGAGACAUACAGUGUUCCAAUCUUCUUCAACAAAGAAGAUAUACAAAAUUUGGAAUUUGUUCCUCUAAUAACUCAGGUAAACAAGAGAUGCCGAUUUCUUUUUGACUUUGGGAAGCAAGUCAAAGGGGCUAUUGCUAAUGUGAAACCUGGAGAUCAUCCAUUUGGGGGUCAAGAUGUUGAUGCAUCUGCCCUGGGAUGGGCAAUGGCAGCUGUUUCAUCGAGAGCAUUUCGCUUGCAUGGAGAUAAACUUUCUGAUGGGAUCCACAAAUCUGUCCCUAUGAUGUUGCCUCUAAUUGACAUGUGCAAUCACAGCUUUAGUCCAAAUGCUAAAAUUAUUCAGGAUAAAGGUGCUGAAAAUACUAAGAUGCUGGUUAAGGUAGUGGCAGAAAAGCAUGUACAGAAGGAUGCUCCUUUGGAACUCAAUUAUGGUUGUAUGAACAAUGACAUUUUCCUCUUGGACUAUGGAUUUGUGAUAGCUGCAAAUCCUUAUGACUCUAUUGAGCUCCGUUAUGAGCCAUAUCUUUUAGAGGCUUCUAGUGCUGCCAUUGGUCUCUACUCCCCAAAUUUCUCUUCACCAGCUUCAUGGCAAUCUGAAAUCUUGUCGGCUUUAGAACUAGAUGAUAAGAUGGCUCCAUCUAAGGUAACAUUGGGUGGGCCAGAUUUGGUUGAUGGUCGACUCUUGGCUUCUUUACGUGUACUGCAUGCAAGUGAUGUGGAAAAAGUACGUGAGCAUGAUUUGAGUACCCUUCAGUUGUUGUCUGCUGAAGCUCCUCUCGGAAUCCAAAAUGAAUUGGCUGCUCUUCGAACUAUUAUUGGGUUGUGUGUGUUAUCACUGAAAAAUUUUCCCACACAAAUGGCGGAGGAUGAGGCCUUACUAAAACAGGGUGUCUCUACCUUCUCAGAGCUGGCUAUCCAAUUCAGAUUGGAAAAGAAGUCCAUGAUUGUGAAUGUAAUGAGGGAGAUGUCGAAACGGGUCAAGCUUUUACUAGCCAAGGAAUCAACUGCUGCUGCCUAACCAUUGCUACAACCUACCAGAACUUUAUGUCAAGGAUUGAUCUUCACUUCACCAUUAGCCCAUUAGGCUUUGCAAGGAAGUCUGUUGUGAAGCAGAGCUGCAUUGUAUUUGGUGUAGCUUAUUUGGAUUGAUCACCAUGCUUAAUAUGUAGGUUGUUGACUAUUCUUUUUCCUUUUGUUUUGUAUGGAGUCACUGAUAAAGUGAUAAGUGAUAACACAAUAAUUUAUAUGCUAUAUUUAUCCAUUGCUAGUCAUCAUUACCUCAUCAUAUUAAUUUUUCAAAGCUAUUGUUUUAUGUUUGUUUUU